AUGGAUUCCCUGAAGCUUGCCGGGACUACUGUACCGUCGACCGCGUUUCGGCGAGUGCGGCCCCGUCGCGUGCUGCUGACUUCGCUGCUUGUGAUAGGCCUGCUGUUGUUUACUCUCUACCGGCCACCGAAGCUUUCCAAUAACUAUGUCGUCGAGUUCCAUGGCGACGCCCAACUGUCCCCAGCUCAAUGGGAUGCAUUCGAUGCGCACUUGCGCCGGUGCGACGAAUUGCAAGCGCCGUGGCAGGAAUACUCGGUUCCUGCGCUGCAAAGCCGCAGCAAUCCGCGAUGGAACCCGGCCAGCGGCCAGAAACAGACCACUGUGUUGCGAAAUGUUACUCUGUUUGAUGGCGAUGCCGUCUUGAAAGGCACAGUUGACAUUGUAUUUGAGCGCGGUGUCAUACAGUCGGUUUCUCCGAGCGGUGCCAGCGACUUUGUAGCUGACGCGAAUACUAUUAUUCAUGACUACAAUGGACAUUUUGUCACCCCGGGACUCGUGGAUAUGCAUUCACACCAUCUGGCACUUCCCUGGCCUAGUCUUAAGAACUACCAAGACGUCAACGAGGUCAACGAUGCUACCGGACCGCUCACUCCAAUGGUCCGUUCACUCGACGGCCUGAAGCCUUACGAUAUCGCGGCUACCAUCAUCGCUUCCGGAGGCAUAACAACAUCCUUGAUUCUCCCCGGCUCCGCAAAUAUCAUAGGCGGAGAAGCAUACCCCGUAAAGAAUUUACUUCGAGGUGGAGAACACGGCGAGGAGGUCGUUGAAGAGCUCCUUCUAGAGCACGGUAUCGCCAAAGAAAACCGACGCCGGUAUUUGAAAAUGGCGUGCGGCGAAAACCCUCGUCGUGUAUACAAGCAUACUCGCAUGGGGAAUGCCUGGCAUUUACGUCAUCACUUGGCACGCGCAAAGGACUUGCUUGAGAAACAGGAUACCUGGUGCGCGGCUGCUACGUCAGCCAAGCAGAAUGAAGACCCAAAUGCUAUCGCGGCUCUGCUUGCUCAAGGACCCAUUGCCGAUGGAGGACUUCCUGAAGAGCUCGAGUUGGACUCGAGUGUUGCGAUGCUGCGAGGAAAGAUUGGUAUCAACGUGCACUGCUACGAGCCAGAAGACUUUGAAGAUAUGCUUCUUCAUGCCGAAGAAUUCGGAUUCCGCGUUCAGGCCUUCCACCAUGCAUUGAGUGCGUGGAAAGUACCGGAAUUGAUCAAAGCUAGGGGACAGAAUAUUACGAUUGCCACAUUUGCCGACUUUAGUUUGUACAAGAAAGAAGGCUAUGACGGCAAUCUAUGGGCUGGCAAGAUUUUGGCAGAACAUGGUGUUCCAGUCGCAUACAAAUCGGAUCAUUUUGAUGAAACAACCAACGCCAGAUACCUACUAUCCCAAGCUGCGACCGCUCAUUCCUUCGGUCUCUCUGAGCUUCUCGCGCUACAGGCAGUCACCAGUGUGCCCGCCAAGUCCCUUGAGCUGCAUCACCGUAUUGGAUAUGCCAAGCCUGGUUAUGAUGCAGAUAUUGCUGUCUGGGACUCGCACCCUCUGUCUGUAGGCGCAAAUCCUCUGCAGGUGUAUAUUGAUGGGAAACCGACUCUUGAGGAAAAGGACGUAUCUGCUGCCACCGCCGAUAUCAACAUCAAAUCCAGCAUGCGCGCCGAAUCAGUACCCGAAGAUGUCAAGUCUUUCUGUGACAACAGAGAACAAGAUGAGAGCGUUAUAAUCACUGGAAUUAGCACCUCGUACUUGGAUACUCCUCGUGUCCAAGACAAAGAGUCUACAGGCACCAAUUUGACCAUGGUCAUCAAUGGUGGAAAGAUCAGUUGUCUAGGAACUCACAAGGAAUGCGUAUCUACCAAAUCGACUGGACGCGUGAUUUCUCUUCAAAACGGGCAUGUGCUUCCCGGUCUGACAACUGUGUCCAACACUCUUGGCCUCGUGGGGAUCGAGUCCGAAGAAAGCACAGCCGAUGGAGCUGGCGACAGGAGCGCCAACGUGCUUGACCCAGAGACCGCAAUAUACAACAAAUACGGCAUCCAUUUCGAGGGAAAGACAUUUGAGCGCGCCCGAAUUGGCGGUGUAACCAGAUCCAUCACGUAUCCAUACGGCGAUGGGUUUUUGCAGGGUGUGAGUGCUGGUAUCAAAACCGCCGAGGGUAGCAAUCCUCUUAAUGGGGGUAUUUUCAAAGAUGAUGUUGCAUUGCAUAUUUCUGUCGGACAGGAUGCAAAGACUUCAUCUCAAACCCCAACUGUAUCCAAGUCUGUCGCGACGCUUCGGAAGAUUCUGAGGGAUAACAAGGGCAAGGAUACCUUGUACGGAAAGGCCGCAGACGGAAAGAUCCCUCUUGUGGUGCAUACGGAAAACAAGUAUGACAUUAUUCAGAUCAUCAAAGCCAAAAAUGACUAUCCCAAGGUCAAGCUGGUCAUUUACGGCGGUUCUGAAGCACCUGCUGUGGCCGAUGAAAUAGCAUCGGCGGAAAUUCCGCUCAUCUUCAACGCGGCACACUCGGCUCCCUCGGCAUGGGAGAAGAAGGAUCUCCUCGUUGGGCCUCCUCUGACCGUAUCUCCGGUCCGUGUCCUGGCCGAUGCGAACGUGACUUUUGCACUGGCACUGCUUCCAAACUUUGACUGGCACCUCGCAAACCUGCCUAUUGAAGCAUCUUCCAUCGCAAAGGAAGCCGGUCUUUCGUCCAAAGAAGCCGUUGAUCUGGUCUCGACGAAGAUUGAUGAAAUUCUUGGAUUCCAGAAAACCGAGAAGAACGUCGACUUUGUGAUAUGGGAAGGAGAUCCCCUCGAGUACGGCGCCAGCGUUGUCUUGACGGUUGAUGGAGAGAAACAAGAGAUUGUUGGAUGCUGGCCAGUGGCCGAGUAA